UCACUGGCCUCCUCUGCAGGAUCAUCAAGUUGUUUCUUGACAUGACGGGAAAGAUGGUGUUUAAACUCUCCCGGUCCAGGCUGGAGGAAGUUCUUGGAAGUGAAGAAGGAGGAAGACUUCACAGUCACCUAACUGUACAGAAGAAGGUUAGUGGUUACAAAACAAUGAAUAGUCAUGAACUUCAGACAAUACUGGCUGAGAGACGUCGAAAGAUCGAACUUAGUACAGACAGCACACCAACUCUUAGUAGAAACGAGGUUUGUAAACUGUUCGAAGGUGGCGUUACUCGAGGAUCCGACUCUGGUGACUACUGUGAACCUGACAGAUCCAACCAGAACUUUGAUCACGAAGGUUAUGUUCCUGCACCAGUUGAUGAAACCCAAAAAAUGAAAAUAACAACUGAUGAGUGGCAGCGACAACAACUGAUAGCUGAGGCUUUGGCUGACUAGAUAGUUUUGAUAUAUUACACAUACUGUAUCUAUAAAAACAUAUUGUUCACAUUAUCCAAUAUCUAUAAAUACAUAUUGUUCACAUUAUUCAAUAUCUAUAAAUACAUAUUGUUCACAUUAUUCAAUAUCUAUAAAUACAUAUUGUUCACAUUAUUCAAUAUCUACAAAAACAUAUUGUUCACAUUAUUCAAUAUCUAUAAAUACAUAUUGUUCACAUUAU